GGGCCGCGCCGCCGAGCCGCCAGCCCCAAGCACGCUGCGCAGCGAGCGGCCGCACUCGCACCCGCACCGAUGCUGCUGACGCUGGCCAGCGGCGCGCUCUUCUUCCCGGGGCUCUUCGCGCUCAGCACCUGGGCGCUGCGCCGCUCGCGGCCGGGAUGGACGGACAACGACUGCCUGACGGUCGGCACCAGGCUGGUGUCCUCGGUGCAAGCAGUGCUGGCCACCUGGGCGGGGCUCAUCAUCAUCGGCUCCUGCAGCGACGUGGUCACAGACAGAUGCCGCACUUGCUUUUCCUUUGCUCAAGAUAAUGAAGAGGUUUCUGCUGCCUUCAGAAAACGGACACUUUUGUGCCCAAAGUCAGGCCAGAAAAUGGACGUCUGUGACGCUUCAGUGAGACGAAUAAAGACCAGAAGGGGCCAUCCUAUUUAAACCUGGGGAGUGGUGUUGCUUUUGUUUUAUCUGUAGACCUGACCGGCUUGGAACUUGUAGCCCUCCUCCUCCAUCUGUCUCCCCAGGGCGGAAGAGCAGAUACGUGCCACCACAUCAGGAUGUUUUUAUUUAUUUAUCUAUCUUCCCGCUUGGCUCUUUGAACCACUCUUUUCUCUUCCGAGAAGCUCAAGGGUGACAGGCAGGUGUCCAGGGAAAGUUGGGUGGCCUUUCCCGAUUUUCCACCCUGCAGGGUGCCUGUUUCCCUGCUGGAAGAGGAACCAGAAGGAGACUGUCUCACGGUGACCUGGGAUCUUCCUGCGGGUUGAUCUUGCCGGCACCAUUUCAUAUUUUUCCUCUUAUGUCUCUUCUUCUUUCUGAAACAGUGUCUCGUUAUGUAGUUUGGACUGGCCUCGGCUCACGGAGAUCCGCCUGCCUCUGCCUCCUCAGUGCUGGGACUGAAGGUGUGGGCCGCCAUACCUGCUCUUGGCAGUCGCUCUACCUGAAACGGCUCUGAGAAGCAGUGAGUCCGUUGAUGGGCAUUAGAACAGGUCUUAGAUCUUUGGGCCCUGAGAAACGCUGGCUAAUCAGUUUGCCUACAAGUGACGUUAUUAUUUAUGUGCCAUUAUUAUUUCCCUCUAUUCCAUUCUUUUUUGAUUGAGCUGAGCUGUGAUAAAUGUGGAGCUAAUUCAGGAACAGAGUUAGCACCCUCUCUAGCUUGGCACCCUCACAUGGCACCCUCUCUAGCUUGGCACCCUCACAUGGCAUCCUCUCUAGCUUCCCGGUGCCGCAGUUCAGUGGACUGGCUCCUUGGGAAGUCACCUGAGACAAGGUGAAACAUACAGAUUGGAUCCUAGACAUGGGUUUAGACUCUGGGGAACAGAGUGCUUCACAAGCACUUCAGGUGACCUGAUGGUUAGGUAGUUUGAGAACUGUAUACUGAGUUUCCUCUUCUAACACGGUUGCUCAAAAAUUUACUAAAGAAUGGCCGGGCGGGCGGUGGUGGCGCACGCCUUUAAUCCUAGCACUCGGGAGGCAGAGGCAGGAGGAUCUCUGUGAGUUCGAGGCCAGCCUGAUCUGCAAAGCGAGUUCCAGGAAAGGCGCAAAGCUACACAGAGAAACCCUGUCUUGAAAAACCAUUAAAAAAAAAAAAAAUUUACUAAACAAAUCUAAUCCUCCCUAGCAUAGGGCAGAUUCCAAUUUAAAUGUUUCUUCAUAUGAAGUUUUUGUGUGAUGUUGGUCAGUGCAGACAUUGUCCUUCCUGUGUAUGCUAGAACAGUAGCAAAACAUCAUUUUGGCUCAGCAAAUGUUGUUUCGCUCCUACUGGGCAAGUUAUAGGAACACAUAUAUGCCCCAGAUCAGGCCAGGAAAUGGACCUCUUCUGCCCCAGCCUCUCUUGGUAUUUAGUUGCUGUGCUGUGGUCCUUGAAGUCCAAACCCAUUUCUAUGCACACUUUUCUUUUUAAAGUAAAUUUAUGCAUUUAGUGUGUGCGUGCACACAAACCAUGUUGUACUUGUGGAGGUCAGGCAGCUUGCGGGAAAUGACUCUCUCCUUUCAUCACGCAGGUCCUGGAGAUUGAACUCAGGGGUCGUCAGGCAAGCGUCUUAACCCACUAUGCCACAUCUAGCUGGCCCCAUACUUUUAUGAAUGACUGGAACCCCCAGUUAACCAUAGAUAAGGAAAGAACAUGGCCAGGGUGCUCUCUACAAAUUGUCUGCAGUGGGGCAUGCAGAAGCGAGAGAAAUUGUGUAGAUCUAGAAGUUAAACCCCGAAACUCCCAAGGGUUGAGCAACUGAGGAGUUAAACUGGAAAGGUUGGACUUGUGAUUUAGAAGACCUUCCAAACCAGUUCCUUGGUGGAGCUGCUGAAUCACUGGGAAGUUUAUCUCCAUCGAAGUCAGUUUCUAUCAAAAAACUCGAAGUCUGUAGAUAAGUGGUGGAACCCGGCGAAUGGUUACAGUAAACCACCCGUAUAUCCAGGCAGGAUGGAUGCCUGCUUUUUACCCUCGACCCUCACGUGUCUGCUUUGUAAUUUAGAGAUACCCUCCUUAAUAGUUCGCCCUCUUCACCGGGAAGGGCCCAAAGUACUAGCUGACUGAGAACAGAGCUGGAGAGAGCCAGUGAAGAGACCGACUUUGUGCUCCAUCACUGACGUCCAUGACUCUUUUGUCUGUCCCUGUGCUUUC